AAAUCUAGCAGCAGCAGCCGAGCAGGAGGAGGUUUGUAGGGUUUUAGCCUUUGCAGAGAACGCAAAACCAAAAGCCGAGUGAAGAUAUAGAAACAGAAAGCCGCCCACUCACCGUUUCCUAGCAAAAAUGCCGAAAUCAAAGCGCAACAGACCAGUGACUCUAUCGAAGACGAAGAAGAAAGGGAGGGAGCACAAAGAAAAUAUAGUGAAUUCAAUAAGGGAAGCUAUUGAGAAGUAUGAUUCCGUAUACGUUUUCACUUUCGAGAACAUGAGAAAUCUCAAGUUCAAGGAGUUCAGGGAGAAGCUCAAAUCUUCUUGCAGAUUCUUUCUUGGCUCGAACAAAGUGAUGCAAGUUGCUCUGGGUCGAUCUGUUGCUGAUGAGCUUAGACCCGGCAUUCACAAGAUCUCCAAGCUUGUUCGUGGAGAUUCUGGGCUUUGUUUUACUAAUCUACCAAAGGAGGAAGUUCAAAGACUAUUCAAUGAAUAUGAAGAAUAUGACUUUGCAAGAACUGGAACCCUUGCAACAGAAAAGGUGGAGCUUAAUGAAGGACCCUUGGACCAGUUCACCCAUGAGAUGGAACCCUUCUUGCGCAAGCAAAACAUGCCUGUCCGCUUAAACAAAGGCGUGAUUGAGCUCCUGUCUGACUGUGUUGUAUGUGAGGAAGGCCGACCUCUGUCGCCUGAGUCAGCUCGGAUAUUGCGUCUUCUUGGUAUAAAGAUGGCUACUUUCCGGCUUCAUUUAACUUGCAGAUGGAGCUCUGAGGAAUUUGAGGUUUAUCAAGAAGGAUUGGAAGAUUCAGAUGUCGAAUCCUCGUAACAACACUCGGACGUAUGACAUGUAUCAAUAUACAUUGUGCCAUACGAGUGUUUGAGUUAGCAGCCCCUUCCAGAUCGUGUUGGAAUUUCAAGUGCUUAAGUAGUACAGGCUCUGUAUUCUCUCUCUAAAAUUUUAGUUGACGCUGAGUUAAAAGUUUUGCUGUUGUGAUCAAGUAUGGGCAGUUAUUCGUUUUUGGAGAAAUAUAUUUAUAUAUAUUUUAAUGGCAUUGAUGGAAGAA